AUGGCAUACCGUAACAGAUCGAAAAGUGUUUUAUCCAAACAAAGCAAGAAGAGCGAUGAUAAAGCACACUAUAAAUCACAUUCAAAGAAGAAAUCAAAGAGCAAGAGCAAGAGCAAAAAGAAGUUGAGAAUCUAUUGGAGAUACAUUUCUAUCAUAUGGGUUCUAUGGUUGGGAUUGGUAUAUUACUAUGAAUCAAUGGUUGUCAAGAGAGCAAUGAAAAAGUGCCAAUGGUCUAGUUGGGAAAACUGGCCUGAGGGCGCCGAAAGCCAUAAGGUGGGUUUAUUUGCCGAUCCACAAAUCAUGGAUGACUAUUCAUAUCCGGGAAGGCCAAAAAUAGUGAACUACUUCACAAGGGUGCUCCUUGACCACUACCAUAAGAGAAAUUGGAAGUACGUUCAGUAUUACUUGGACCCUGAUAGCAAUUUCUUCCUUGGUGAUCUAUUUGAUGGUGGUAGAGAGUGGGAUGAUGAGUACUGGAUUAAAGAGUAUACGAGGUUCAACAAAAUCUUCCCUAAAAAGCCAUUGAGAAGAACAAUUAUGUCGUUACCGGGCAACCAUGAUAUUGGUUUUGGAGACACAGUCGUUGAGUCGAGCUUACAAAGGUUUUCUAGUUACUUCGGAGAAACUUCAACUUCCAUGGAAGUUGGUAAUCAUACGUUCGUGCUUUUAGAUACAAUUUCACUUUCAGAUAAGAAAAAUCCAAGCGUUUCAAAAGUCCCAAUGGAAUUUCUAGAUAAUUUCUCGAUGGGCUCACAUCCACAACCCAAAAUUCUUCUGACUCAUGUUCCCUUAUACAGGAAUGCAGAACUACAAUCUUGUGGGGAAUUGCGUGAAUCUAAAAAACUUUUCCCUAUUGAAAGUGGUAAGCAGUACCAAACAGUCAUAGAUAGUGAGAUAUCGCAGCAAAUUUUAACACAAGUUCAACCAGAACUCUUAUUUUCCGGAGAUGAUCAUGACUAUUGCCACGUAUCGCAUUCAUAUCCGUUUCAUGGAGAAACCAAGAUUGCUGAAGAAAUCACUGUAAAAUCAUGUGCAAUGAAUAUGGGGAUCAAUAGGCCAGCUAUCCAACUACUUUCCUUAUAUAAUCCUUCAGAUCUGAAAACGGUAAAUGCCGGUGAAGAAUAUGAGUCAAAAACUUAUCAAACAGAAUUAUGUUAUAUGCCAGAUCCGUACAAAUCCAUCAGAAUGUACUUAUUUGGGUUAUUAUGGUCCUUUUUUUUUGUCCUUUACAUGCAUUUCCUCCCAAAAUCAUUUAACGGUCAUGUAGCAACCAGAAUGGAUAGAUUACUUACGCGUUCUCACAGUGGUAAUUCCGCUUUGCCAUUACCUGCAAGUGUUUCCAAAUCCAAAUCCAAAAAAUCCUCGGCACAUUCAAAAUACUCUGUUAAUGAAACGCGUUCGACCAAACAGUUCUUAGUCAAUGUAGGUAUACUAUUUGCAUCUGUGAUGCCAAUUUUUAUCUAUUUUUAUAGUAUAGUAUAA